UUGCAGGAUGGGAAAGCAGAUGUGAAGUCCCUCAUGGCGAAGUUUAACACAGGGGGCCACCCCAUGGAGGAGGUCUCGGUCAACAGCAGGCCCUUCAAGGCUCCAGGCCAAAACUCCCCUUCAGGAGUACAGGCCAAAAAGAACUUAUUCAACAACCAAGGAAAUGCCAGCCCUCCUGCAGGACCGAGCAAUGUGCCCAAGUUUGGGUCCCCAAAGCCCCCUCUGGGGGUGAAACCUUCUUCUGAGGAAAAGCCUGACAAGGAGCCCAAACCUCCAUUUCUAAAGCCAUCUGGAGUGAGUCCCAGGUUUGGACCGCAGGCUAACUCGGCCACCAGAGACCCUGAGGUGAAACCGGGAUUUCUGAAACCUGUAGGCCCCAAGCCCAGCAACUUGCACAAAGAAGUUUCCAAACCUGAGGUUCCCUGGCCUCCUGGGAAUAAGCUUUCACUUCACAGUGUAAACCAAGACCAUGACUUUAAGCCACCAGGCCCCAGGCUGGGGUCAAAUCAUCCAGCCCAGGAAAAUGAACUGAAGCAAGUCUUCCCAAAGCUGGCUGGGGUUAAAGGCAAGUUUAUGUCAGCCUCUCAAGAUCAGGACCCCAAGCCCCUCUUCCCCAAACCCGUCUUUGGCCAGAAGCCAUCCCUGAAUACAGAUGAUCCCCAGGAAGACGAAAGCCCCACCAAGACUGUGGGUCAACAGAGAGGCGCCCCGGCGCCCCUGGGAGCCAAGGCCAAAUCCGGCCCUUUGAAACCAGCCAGGGACGACCUAGAGAAUAAAGAGCAUGGAGGCGAGACAUCAAGUUUUCCUUUUCCUGGAGUCGUUCUGAAACCUGCUGCAAGCAGAGGGGUCCCAGGCCUCUCCAAAAAUACUGAAGAAAAAAGAGUAGAGAGGAAGGUAGAUGCUGCUAAGAAAGUCUUCCUGAGCCAAAUGAAUACGGAAGAGCCGGCUUCUGGGGCCCCUCCUGCCAAGUUCCUGAAGACACCUUCGAAGCAGACAAUGGCAGGGCCCUGGGGCCCAAGUCAAGAAAAGGAAAAGGAGGACCAGAAUUCAACCACCCCCAAGCGAAAACCCCUGCCCUCCUUGUUUACCCUGGGCCCCCCUCCACAAAAACCCAGCAGACCACCGCACGUUGACCUGACAAAAUUCCGGAAAGCCGCUUCUGGAAACAGUACCAGCAAAGUCCCAACGUCUUACUCAACAACUUCCCUACCACCACCUCCACCAUCCCAUCCGGCCAGCCAGCCACCAUCGCCAGCAUCUUACCCAACACAAUCGCCAGUCCCAAGUCUACCUCCCAGAAACAUUAAACCUCCCUUAGAUCUCAAAAGCCCUGUAAAUGAAGAAAAUCAAGAUAGUGUCAUGCACUCUGAUGGAACCGGAAAUCUGGAUGAGGAACAAGAGAGUGAAGGAGAAACAUAUGAAGACAUAGAAACAACCAAAGAAAGAGAGAAGAAAAGGGAAAAGGAGGAAAAGAAGAGAUUAGAGCUGGAGAAAAAGGAACAGAAAGAGAGAGAAAAGAAAGAACAAGAAAUAAAGAAGAAAUUUAAACUAACAGGCCCUAUUCAAGUCAUCCACCAAGCAAAAGCUUGCUGUGAUGUCAAAGGAGGAAAGAAUGAACUGAGCUUCAAGCAAGGAGAGCAAAUUGAAAUAAUCCGAAUCACAGACAACCCUGAAGGAAAAUGGCUGGGCAGAACAGCCAGGGGGUCAUACGGCUAUAUUAAAACAACGGCUGUAGAGAUUGACUAUGAUUCCUUGAAACGGAAAAAAAACUCGCUCGGUGCUCUUUCAUCAAGACCUUUUGAAGAUGACCAGGAAGUAUAUGAUGAUGUCGCAGAGCAGGAAGAUGUUAACAGCCACAAUCAGAGUGGAAGUGGAGGGAUGUUCCCACCUGCCCCAGACGAUGAUAUUUAUGAUGGGAUAGAAGAGGAGGAUGCUGUUAAUGGCUCUACGCUACAGGUUGAAGAGAAGAGUAACACAUGGUCCUGGGGGAUUUUGAAGAUGUUAAAGGGAAAAGAUGACAGAAAGAAAAGUAUUCGAGAGAAACCAAAAGACUCUGAGUCAGACAAUGAAGGUUCAUCUUUCCCCUCUCCUCCUAAACAAGUGGACAUGGGAGAUGAACUUUAUGAUGACGUGGAUGCCUCUGAUUUCCCUGCUGCACCACCAGAGAUGAGUCAAGGAGCCAAGGCCAAGGCAGAAGAAAAGGACCCUAAGAAACUAAAAAAGCAAGAAAAAGAAGAAAAAGACUUCAGGAAAAAAUUUAAAUAUGAGGGUGAAAUUAGAGUCCUCUAUUCCACCAAAGUUGUGCCCUACUUAACUUCUAAAAAGUGGGGAAUCAGAGAUCUACUACAGGUAAAGCCUGGAGAAUCCCUGGAAGUUAUACAAAACACAGAUGAUACAAAAGUUCUCUGCAGGAAUGAAGAAGGAAAAUAUGGUUAUGUCCUUCGGAGUUACUUGGUGGACAAUGAUGGAGAGAUUUAUGACGAUAUUGAUGAUGGUUGCAUCUAUGACAAUGACUAGUUCUCAGCUUUGGUCAUUCUGCUACGUUCAUUUGAUGACAAUGUGAAGUCUGUGUUUUAAUUGGCCUAUGUUAUCGGGUAUCAUAGAAAAUGAAUGCACAAAACUAGUUAUUACCAUUUGUUAUAAAAUUCUGAUUGUUUUUAUACAUUUUGAGAUUUGGGACUUAGAAAAUGAUUUCUCUGCUUAAUCAACAUCUUGGAAGACUGCAUCAAUGAGAUGUAAGAAAUAUUAAAUACCCAGUUCUGCCUCAGCGACAAUUAUGUAAGCACUUCUUUUAGACCAUCAAUAGACAACUCUCCCUUCCUAAAAAAAAAAAAAAUCUUCUGAGAAAAAAAUGGCUGUUGUCUAAAGAAAUGUAAAGAACAACAAAAAUAUAUGGAAGGAAAUUUUAAAACUUUUCACAAGAAGAAAAACUCUUGUUUGUACUUCUAAUGAUCCUAUCUUAUAUUCUCUAUUCAAAUUAUCUAUCUUUUAAAAGGCAGGGCUGUCUCCACUCUUACUGGUGGGUUAAAUGUUUUCAAAAAUUAUAGUAGUAGCAGAACUUUUGUAUAAAGUUUGUGCCUAUUUGUUAAUUAUGAAUAUUUUUUAAUUAUUUGAUGAGAAUGUAUGCAAUUAGUAUGCACACCUAAGAUUAAAACUGUAGAAGGGUCUAAAA